GAGUAUGUUCCUGCGACUAUCUGGAAUCUGGAAAGACCCCAAAUAUUCGAGAUAAAACAUGAACCGAAACAUAAGGAAUGUUCAAGAUACUCCUCUCCAGUCACCACUUCCUAUAAAUAUCCACCCCAAUUCAUCUCUCACCAUCAUCAACAACAAAUCCAAUCAUCGUGCAAUCUUAUAGCUUUCAAUCAAUCCACAAAAAUCACUUACAUCUUCAACAUCAAAAUAAAAAAACAACAAUCAAUUCAACAAUGUCGCUAAUUCCAACCUUCUUCGAAAACAGACGAAGCAACAUCUUCGACCCAUUCUCCCUUGAUUUAUGGGACCCUUUUCAUGGUUUCCCCUUCAACAACACUUCUCAAUCUCUCUCCUCUGACCGAAACACCGCAGCAUUUGUGAAUGCCCGAAUAGACUGGAAAGAAACUCCGGAAGCCCAUAUUUUCAUGGCGGAUUUACCCGGAUUAAAGAAGGAAGAAGUCAAAGUUGAGGUGGAAGAUGGAAAAGUGCUCCAAGUCAGCGGAGAGAGAAACAGGGAACAAGAGGAGAAGAAUGAUAAGUGGCAUAGAGUUGAGCGGAGUUCUGGAAAGUUCUUGAGGAGGUUUAGGUUGCCGGAUAAUGCGAAAAUGGAGGAAAUUAAAGCUAAUAUGGAGAAUGGUGUUUUAACUGUUACUGUUCCAAAGAUAGAAGAGAAGAAACCUCAGGUCAAGUCUAUUGAUAUCUCUACCUAAAUAAAUCAUACUUAAUUCUACUGUGUUAUGGUUUAUGAUUAUUCAAAGAAAAAUAUAAGAAUGAGAUGUGUUUUGGUUUCUUUGAUUAGUGACUUUGUGUUAAUCACUGUGGAGUCGUCUUUGAUUUGUUGUCUACCUGUAAGUCUGUAACCACUGUCCACUGAUCUUUUAUCAGUGUUGUAAUAAAAGUGAGUUGUUUUUAUUUGAAA